AACACAGGUAGGGGCCGGCAGCCCGCGUGCUCUCCCUGGCCAGGUCUCUGGAGCUGGGGUGGUGGGGGCCUCUCCAGCCCUGCUGCUCCCAGCCCCAAGCACUGGCUGACCAGCCACGUACUCGGGCCCUGUAGGCUGUGGAGGAUGCGGUGCUGGGCUUUGGCCAGGCCGUCCGUGGCAUCCGCUGCCUCCCGGAGCUGCAGCAAGCCUGCCGCAUCCUCCAGCGCCUGACGGAGGCACCACCGCUGCUGUCCCCGGCGUCACAGAGAGAGGCCAGCGCGUCACUCCUGCACCUGAGCUCACAGCUGCUGCAGACUCCCGGACCCUGCAACAGCAGCCACCCGGCCGGCAGCGCCACCACGGCUGCCACCGCCCUCUUCCAGGCUUUCAGCAACAUCCUGAUGGCGCUGGACUCCACCGCAGGCCCCCCUGGCUCAGCCUUGCAGCAGGCCCUGGAGGACACCCUGGCUGCGCUGCCCCUUGUGCAGACGAUGCUGUGGCACAGCCACAACACAGGGACCCCUGUGACCGUGAGCGCGCCCACUGUGGCAACACAGCUCAGCAGCUGUGGCAUCACUUGCCUGCCCCUAAGUUCACACCGCCUGGCCCAGCCACGCCCGCUGGACGUGACCUUCCCGACAGCCUCGGUGCUGGCCACGUUCCUGCCCACACACCUCGAGGUGCAGCUCCAGCUCACAGCCCUGGCCCUCAACCCCUUCAAACACCUGGACGGGACGGAGAUCAGCAGCGUGGGCGGCGUUUCCCUCACCUCGGCCCAUGGCGCCCUGGACGUGCACGGCCUGCGCGAGGAGAUUGAGGUCGGGCUGUGGCGGGACGAGGCCGCGGCGCCGCUCCCCACGUGCCUCAACCUCAGCGCCCAGCACUUCCACGUGGAGCUGAACCUCACGUCGGCAAAGGACGCCCUGCUCGUGCACGUGCAGCCCGAUGCCCCCCUGCCCGUCGACCUCUACCUGGGCUUCGGCCACCCGCCCAACCGCCCCCUUGCCCAAGGGAGCCCAGGAGCCCUGCGGGACACCAGGAAGCAGCUCCUGGCAGGACAUCCACUCCCGGGGGCCAUAUGA